UUAGGAGGGGUCAACAUGAGGUGCUGACCCGAGACAGUAUAUCAUAAGACGACACUUGAGCUCCAGUACGCUUACUGAUCAGUCGCUCUUUUUUCCACCUUUUGUUUAAUCUAUUUCUUUCAACAAGUUUCGAUUUUAUCCAGUGAUUUUGAGCCUCUUGUGUUUGUGUGGUUAAAUAAAACCAAGUGUUGCGGUGCUUGUUCAUAAUUCUCAGGAGGCUAAUUGCUGCGUGAACCAGAUUUUCAUCAACCCCACGUGGAUCACCCGGAGACCAGGAAGAGGGAGCGUAGGCCGAUUCCUGCACGCUGGGGCUAUCAAUGAAUAUAUACAUCCACAGUGUAAAUAAAUACUGAAACUUGCAGGUUUUCUCAUUUUUUUAUUGCUGUGUUUUUUUUGUUUCGUUCUUCAUCAUGGCCACAUCACAAAAAGGUAAUUUCACAACCAUCUUCAAUACAUUUGAAGAUGGUUUCAGCCACAUCGACAGCGUUGUCAAGAAGGAAGGCGAGACGUCCAUCAAGCGUGGGCAGAUGGUGUUGAACGUCUCAAAAGUCUCUUCGUCACCUGUAGAGACCCUUCAAUUUCUGAAGGACAACGCGUCGAUCAACGCUUCAUUUUGCCCGCUUAUUGUGGCCUAUGGCCGCAGCGGGUCCGGGAAAUCUUCCCUCAUCUUUGGGCGAGACGGGUCUCCAUUUCCUGGCUUGGCCCGAAGUUGGUUCCCACCUGACAACCAAGUUAACAUCAAGGUGAUGGAGUUCAUAAACUGGCGGUAUAACGACAUGGUUCGGAGAUGGAGUGGUGAGGCGAAUUUCCAAUCAACUAAGCCUAUAGAUGACCUUGCAGAAACAUCUAUUGCAAACCUUCUCGAUGUUUUGAAAACACAGACACUCGCGGCGACGCGUAACAACAAACAAUCAACGCGUGGGUUUAUUUCUAUUACUCUGACAAAUACAUCUACGAAUACACAUCUCACGAUCCUCGACAUGCCCGGGACAGAAAAUGCUAGUGAUCUCGAUGAACGCGGUUUAAAUGAUCAACAGAAAAAAAAAUUACGCAUCAACUCAUCAUUUACUAUGAAGACAUUAAGCUGCUUCACGGAUAUCAUCAGAAAUGGAAGAAGUACUCUUGGAAACCGGCACUUUUUCCAAUCCCUGGUGGAACGAGUGAGAGUCGUUGAUGUAAGAAAUGUUUUUUUAAUUGUUUGUGCCGCUAGCCCUCUGACCUACAACAGUAGUUCAGAGGCAAUUAAUUUUUUGGCAAACAUUCCUUACAUCCUCGACCCGAACUUUCAACGAGGCCGUUCAAGAUCGCCAAGACCGUCAAGCGCGAUGAGGCUUUCUCCUCGGCCUGGCGGGCAACAAAAUCUUCAGUUGUCUCCUCUUCCCGAUCGACUUCGUCAGGAAAUUGAGCAACUGAAGAAAGAGUUGCAGGCUGCUCAAGAAAAAAUCGUUCAGCAAGCAGAGCAGAAUGCGAAGCUGGCAGAGCAGAAUGCUCAGCAGGUUGAACAAUUUCUUGAGAAGACCAGGAUAUUGAACGAACUGCAGCAAAACGUUCAUGAUAUCAAUGAAGAGUUAGCUGCAGUAAAGCGAAGUGUUGAGGAGCUUCAGCAGGACCGAGGACAAAAUAGGAAUAACAUUGAAGGUAGAACUGAAGGACUGCUUAGGCAAAUCAACCUUCGUCGUUCUAUGUCCCUCGCUGGGGCUAGGAGAGGGUCUGUAGGUUUGCACCUGGGGGGGGAUGAUGAUGAUGACGGUGAUGGCAAUGCUUCCGAUGAAGCAGGUGAUGAAAAUGCUGGCGAUGAAGCACGGGGGGGGAAUGAUGAUGAUGACGGUGAUGGCAAUGCUUCCGAUGAAGCAGGUGAUGAAAAUGCUGGCGAUGAAGCACGGGGGGGGAAUGAUGAUGAUGACGGUGAUGGCAAUGCUUCCGAUGAAGCAGGUGAUGAAAAUGCUGGCGAUGAAGCAGGUGAUGAAAAUGCUGGCGAUGAAGCACGGGGGGGGAAUGAUGAUGAUGACGGUGAUGGCAAUGCUUCCGAUGAAGCAGGUGAUGAAAAUGCUGGCGAUGAAGCAGGUGAUGAAAAUGCUGGCGAUGAAGCACGGAGGGGGAAUGAUGAUGAUGACGGUGAUGGCAAUGCUUCCGAUGAAGCAGGUGAUGAAAAUGCUGGCGAUGAAGCAGGUGAUGAAAAUGCUGGCGAUGAAGCACGGGGGGGGAAUGAUGAUGAUGACGGUGAUGGCAAUGCUUCCGAUGAAGCAGGUGAUGAAAAUGCUGGCGAUGAAGCACGGGGGGGGAAUGAUGAUGAUGACGGUGUAGAUCGCGAUGAUUUCAUCGAAAAUAAUGAUUGGGCGGCCGCAUUUGAUAAUGAGGAAAACAACAAGAUCGGCAUCAAAGGCCUGCUAGUACCUGCUUUUCAUUGGUGUGGCAGGUACUAUCAGGUCUUUGAUAAAGUGAAGUUCGCGGACAUCCAGUGGGAUGAAAUCAUCCACGAAGGUGGCCGUGGAAACCACGUUUGCCAUCUUUGCAAGAAGCAGUUCCAGAGUUCCACAAUUAAGCUUCAUGUAUGGGCUGAUCAUAACCGCGGUGACUUUUAUUGUAGUGUCUGCAAGUUUAAGUACCGCGGAUUAGAUCACACCCAUGUACAUGAGCUUAAUUGUGAUGGAUUCGUGUACGAGUGUAUCAGAUGCGGUGAAAAAAUAAAUUCCCGCUUUCUUGCCAAGCGCCACCGGAAGAAAUGCACGCCUGAGCUUCCGCCGGAUAAAGCCUUAGAUAAAAAAAAAAAAAAAAAAAGGCGCUAAAACUAAAUUUAAAAUAUAUUCGACUGUAAAUAGUAUUAUUAUUAUAUUUACAUACAUACAUUAUUUAUUAUUAUUAUUAUUAAUCUGAUUAUUAUUGUCAUUUAUUAUUUAAAAAAAAAUUCACAACUUUCUAAAACAUGAAUAAAUAAAUACAAUGUUUCCUUUGUAAAAUAAUUAUUAUUUAUUUUAUGUUAAAUUUAAAGUUCCUGUAAAUA